ACAAUUUAUGAACGAGUUACUUAGAAAAUUCAUGGCUGCUCCUCCAAAACCAUGGGAAAGAGCAGGGAUAAACUAUCAGAAUUCUGGGAGUUUGCCUGUAAAUGAAAUGUCAGGACCACCUAUAGGAACUACAGAUGGUGUGCCCCCAUGUUGUGCCCCAAAUGCUGGAGGAGGGGGAAGAGCCCCACCCCCUUUACCCUCACGUCCAGCACAGAGCACUAUGGGAAGCCGGUUUUCUUCACCUUACGGUGGCUAUAGUGGCAUGUCUCCCUACAGUAGCUUUGGUAUGAGUGGAUACGGGGGAUACAGUCCCUACAGUAGCUAUGGAUCGUCCUAUGGGUAUGGAUACGGGGGUCUAGGAGGAUACAAUAGAAUGGGGUAUGGGGAUGACUAUGGACAAAAUAACCUAGCCAGACUGGCAGAGGAGAGUUCCAGGCCUGCGUUCCAGUCUAUUGAGAGCAUUGUCAAUGCCUUCACCUCGGUCAGCAUGAUGCUGGAUUCCACCUUCCAGGCCAUGUACAACUCAUUCCGAGCUGUCGUCGGAGUGGCCGACAAUUUCACUCGCCUGAAAUCCCAGAUUGGCCAAGUGCUGUCAGCUUUUGCCGUAUUUCGGUUCUUGAAGUAUUUAUAUCGCAAGUUAUUGGUGCUGCUAAGAUUGCGACCUCAAGGAUAUGCAGAAGAGGCCUGGGCUAAAGCGUCUGAUGUGUUGAGUCAGCUUCCUGAUGAGGGAGGGGCCCCCAAAAAGAGCACCUGGCCCAUCAUGCUGUUCUUCGGAGUCAUUAUGGGGGGACCGUGGCUCAUCUGGAGGAUGAUUUCCAGCUUAAGUGGGUCCUCUGUAAAAUCCUGGGCUUCUGGUGAAGAUGACCACUUUGUAGCCAGAGCAGAGUUUGAUUUUAAUGGAAGUGGUGAGGAGGAACUUUCCUUUAGAGCAGGACAACUCAUCAAAGUAGCCCCAAAAGAAAUUCAGCCAAGAAUGAGGGGCUGGCUGUUGGCAUCAGUAGAUGGACAGAAAGUGGGCAUCAUUCCCGCAAAUUAUGUCAAAGUGCUGGGGAAGAAGAGGGGUACAAAACAUCAAACACAGUCCGUCCCCUCAAACACAGGUGUCCCUCCAGCCACAGCAGUGACCAGUGCCUCCACCCCCGAUCUGUUGUCAGGGACAAGUACCUGUUGUAAAAAGACAGGUGCUCAGUCAUCCAAUUCAGAAAAUGUACCGAUAAAACCAGCCGCAAGUGCUCCAUGCCUGGACAGUGUUAAUUCUUUAGAAGUGGAAAACAAUUCUUCAUUUUCUAAUUUAGAGGAUGCUUUCUCAAAUGAUUCAAAUUCAGGAAGCAAAUCCAAUAGUGAACCAGAAAAUAUGAAUGCCAAGGAUAUUUUGGAAGCCACGGACAAUAACUUGAUAAAUUGAAAUGUUACAUUUUCAUUUUAAUUUUAGAUUAAUGAUAAGUGAUGGUGAUAAUUUUAUAUUGUUUGAAUUUAAAUUAUGCUACAGAUAA